GUUGCAUACUAUUCCUUCGCUUACAUACGUCCGCCUGAAACCAAAAAAAAAGCGUGCUGACGGAAAACAAGUUGCAGUAAGCUUGGCUGGCAUUGGUUUUUAGCUUGGGCGUAUGCAGCCCGUCUGAGUGUUACUAGUCCAGAGAUCACGGGAAGAGCCCUGAUCGGCGGCCCCGGAAUCAUAUAAACUAUCUCCCUCGUCUAAGACGGGCGCUUGACUCUAUUUACGACCCUUUGCAUUUUCGGUUCUGAUGGAGACCUACCACGGACAUGUCCGCACUCCUGCGGACGCGAUCAUCCUCUUUGAAGCCUGCCGGAUUGGGCUUCUCCCGAGAGUACAGCGACGUCUGUCAGAAAAAGAACGACAGUCGAUAAAGUCGGGAUCCGUCUUUGUGUGGGAUGAGAGGGAAGCUGGUAUGAGGAGAUGGACGGAUGGAAAGUCAUGGAGCGCGAGCAGGGUAUCUGGCAGCUUCCUCACAUACAGGGAAAUGGAAGGCAAACGUGGAGGCGGCAGUGUUUCCAACUCCGUCGCAAGAGCCGGAAAGACACCCGACAGCACUCGAGGCAGCGAUGAGGAUCAUGGUGAGAACGGCGAGGAGGGCCCCGAUGGCUAUCGAUACAAGCCAGAUGGUCUCAUGAAGCAGUCUUUCAGCAUCACAACUUCAACCGGGCAGCAUCUACAUCUCAUCAGCUACUACGCGCGGUCGCACCCGACAGCCCCCAACCUUAACCAGCCAUCAACCGACCCUGCCUUGCGACAUAUCCGCCCGCAGAAGGGUCUCUAUCCCGAAUCGACGGUCAACGAUCAGCAGAACCUACCAGUCGUGACUCGUGGGCCUAUGGCAGGUGCUGCGUUUUCCUUAUCUCCUCAUCCCAUGGCCGCAUAUCCUCGCUCAGGUGCCACUCAUCCUCAAUCGUAUACCCCCCCGUAUGCGUGGCCACCAACUCCCCUGGGAACGCCGCCCACUGUAUCGAUACCAUACAGUGCCAGCUAUCUUCCACCAUUAUCGGGGGCUGCUGGUCAGCUCGCGUACCCUCAACAUCCAGCACUGCCGCCGCCUCAGGCGCAAGCAGCCCUACCCAACCCUUACGACAGACCUCAUCCAGAAACCACCCUGCCUCCGCCCUCUCAGUCCAGUGCUGCUCCCAACGCUACCCUCCCCGCCAUUGCAGGACGUUCGCCUCGCGCUUCAAAUGGGACACUGGAAGCCCAGCAGAGAAACUCCCCUACCUACGUUGCGGCAGCUGUCGAUCCCCGCUUGAUGUCUCCACGGUCACAGGCCCAGCAAGUCCCACCAAAUGGAGAAGCAAGAAGAGUUCCUAGUCCUCCUGUGCUCAGGCAGAUUCCGCCAAACCAGGCACAUUAUGCACCUGCUAAUGGUGCGGUUAAGCCUCUCGAGCCUGGGACCUCGGGUACUGUCGUGCCCAGCAUUGGAGCUCUCAUGAACGGUGCGCCCGCACAUACGUUGCCUGUUUCUACGGCACCUCCACCUUCAGGACCUCUUGAUGCGUUCAAGGGAGGUUUGCCAGCUCCUGGCAGCCGGAGUCCCAGAACUGCCCCUGAUGGACCUAAAGAUAUUCCUAGCGAAAAGAUAGGAUUUGGUGGGGAGGACAUGAGAGCCCUUCGUCAACUGGACCGUGUCUUCACCGCUUAAAGCGUCGGGGUCACAGAAAUUUCCCUUCCCUUGGACAAAAUUUUCACCUUGU